AUGGAUUGAACCGCUACGGCCAUAAUUGGGAAAAGAAUUUAGUAACCUUAUUUACCCCCAAAAUUGAGCAAAAUAACAAAAAACGAAAAGACACAUAAACGUAAUUAAAUUGAAGUCCAAGGACUUUUUGAUUAUUUCGAGGUAGUAUUACUGCAAUCUUGCAGUAUUCAGUUCUAUAAGUUUCCUCACUCCCUUCGCCUCUUCUUGCAUUUGCAUUCUAAAACAAAUUUCUCAUCAACUUCACGUUCAAACCAAUGGUACAUGCACUUGAACAGCGGUUGUGAAUCUUACCCGUUUCUUAAACGUUUGCUUCUACUGGAAUCUACCAUCUGAAGCGUAAGGUAAAUAUAGGUGUGGAACUAUCAAAUUCUGGACUAAUAUGGACUGCAACAAAGAAGAGGCCAUCAAGGCUAGACGGAUUGCUGAAGGGAUGAUGGAAAAUAGAGAUUUCGUUGGAGCUAAGAAGUUUGCAUCUAAAGCCCAGCAACUCUUUCCUGAUCUGGAGAACAUUGCACAGAUGGUUUUGGUUUGUGAAGUGCAUUGCUCUGCAGUGAAUAAAACUUUUGGAAAUGAGAAAGAUUGGUACAGUAUUCUUAAAGUAGACCCAACAGCUGAUGAUGCGCUUAUUAGGAAGCAAUUCCGCAAGUUUGCUCUCUCGCUACAUCCUGAUAAGAACAAGUUCCCUGGUGCAGCUGAUGCGUUUACACUGAUUGGUGAUGCUCAAGCGGUGCUUUUGGAUAGACAACAACGUAUGUUGUACAACAGUAGAUGCAUUCCUUCUGGAAAAUUUCAAGUACCAAUGCAGCAUAAAAGCUGCCAGCCAGAUACCAGGACAUAUCCUUGGGUACAAAAUAAUUCCAAUUUCACAUCAGAAUUUGCUAAUCCUCAAAGUACGCAAUCAGGAGCUCCAGGAAGCCAACCAACCUUUUGGACUGCCUGCCCAUUCUGUUCUGUUAAGUAUAAGUAUUAUAUAAGCGUGCUAAAUAAAGUUUUGCGGUGCGGCAAUUGUAAAGAGUUGUACACAGGUCACAAAGUGAAUGCUUCAGAUGCAACACCCGGAACCAGUAGGAGUCAGUCUACUUCCAGUCAGAAGAAGGAUGCUGACGAGACCCUUGCCAGGAAUCCAUCUACGCAUUCAGAGUUUCCCUCAGAGGUUGGUCGGGAGUCUAAUAGAAACGGAAACUCGGAAAAUGUGUAUGGAAAAAUGAAUAAGGAGGGUUUAUCAGGGGAAUAUAAAAAGAAAAACACUAAGAAAAGGAAGGCAUCAACAGAAUCUAGUGAAAAUUGUGAUUCAUCAACAGGCAUAGACUCUGAAGAAGAUACAAAUUUUGAUGUUUCUGCUCAUAUGCCUGGGCAGAAUUAUGAAUGUCUGGGUGGGGCAAACCAGCGAAGAUCUACGCGGUGUAGACAGCGUGUCAAUUACCAGGGAAAUGUAAGUGAUGAAGAUGAAGAAGAAGAUCCUUCUAAGCUAUCUAAGGGGACUGGAUAUCCCUCUCCUACAAAGGAGGCUGAGGUUCAGCAUUUGUCUCAUGCAGCAACUGCCAAUGGGAAAAAGAAGAAAUUAAGGGAAAGUUUGUCCUCUGAAGAGAGCCUGCAGAACACAGAGCAGGAAGCUGAGACUGCAAAUGAAAGAGUGGGUGUACCUGAAAAAGGCAGUGGACAAAACCUUGAUCUUCCCUCAGAUGUAGGGCCUUCUACUAUGACUGAGCCAGAAACAUUUGAAUGUGCAGAUCCAGAUUUUAGUGAUUUUGACAAGGACAGGGAAGAAUCUUGCUUUAAGAUUGGACAGGUAUGGGCUGUUUAUGAUACUCUGGAUGCCAUGCCUAGAUUUUAUGCAGUCAUCAGGAAGAUUUUAUCUCCUGCGUUUAAGUUGCGCAUAACUUGGUUAGAGCCAGAUCCGCUGAAUGAAGAUGAAACCAAAUGGCUAUCUGAGGGCCUUCCAGCUUCUUGUGGCAGGUUCAGACUGGGAAACUCAGAAUACACUGAAGAUCAUCCUAUGUUCUCACAUUUGGUAUGUGCAAUAAAGGGAAAUAGCUGCAAUGCGAUAAAGAUAUUUCCACUGGAAGGAGAAACUUGGGCCAUCUUUAAAGAUUGGGAUAUGAACUGGACUUCUCAUCUUGAGCGCAAGAAAAAGUACGAGUACGAGUUUGUUGAGGUAUUGUCAGACUAUGCUGAUGAUAUUGGUGUUCAUGUAGCAUACUUGGAUAAAGCUAAAGGCUUAACUUGUCUUUUUCAUCGAGCAGCAGCAAAACUUGGGGAAAGAGACCCAUUUCUGAUUCCUGCAAAGGAUAUGUUUAGGUUUUCUCAUAGAGUUCCUUCUUUCAAGAUGACAGGGAUGGAGAGGAAUGAUGUUCCUGAAGGAUCUUUUGAACUAGAUCCUGCUUCCUUACCUAUUGACCAAGUAGGCAUUUCUGCUUCUGCAGAUCUUGACAUCGAAAAUGGGAAUGCAUUCCAAGAUGUUUCUUGUCCUAGAUCUUCAUUUUCUGCAAUGAAUAUGGUACCGGAUGGGAAGCCUCAAGGCAUUUUAUCUCCUGUAGAUGGGGUGCAAAUGAAGCAAAAAUCCAAAAGAGAUACAUCUUCAGUUAGUCCGAAAGGGAAGUCUGAAGGAAAUGCUCAUCCUGCUGAUAGACAAUCCAGAAUUAACUUGGGAAAUAAUUCAUCCAUAGGCCAUAGAGAGAAUGCUAAUCACAUAGAUUCCAUAAAUUCUGCAGAAAACUAUGUUGCACCAGAAGCUAAUGAGGUUCCUGAACCUGAUUUCUACAGCUUUGAUGUUGAGAGAUCAUUGGAGAAGUUUCAAGUUGGUCAAUGUUGGGCAAUUUACAGUGAUGAAGACGCGUUGCCAAGGUACUAUGGCCAGAUAAGGAAGAUAGAUCCUAUGCCUAAUUUUGUGUUGCAUGUGGCAUGGUUUUAUGCCUGUCCACCACCUAAAAGUGUGAUACAGUGGCAUGAUAAAGCAAUGCCAAUUGGUUGUGGGUUGUUCAAGUUUCGAAGCAAAAAACUGAACGAAUAUACAGGAACAGAUGCCUUUUCACAUGAAGUAGUCGCAGAACCUAUGAAGAAGGGUGUACACAGGAUCUUCCCCAGAUCAGGUGAAGUUUGGGCAGUAUAUAAAAACUGGAGUGCUCAGAUGAAAGGUGAUAAGCUAGAAGAUUGUGAAUAUGAAAUUGUUGAAAUUGUGGAUGUUUCUGAUAAGUAUGUCUCUGUUAAGUUCUUAGCAUGGGUAAAAGGUUUCAAGUCUGUCUACAAGCCUCAAGUAGAAGCAGAGGCUGCUAAUGGCACAGUGAAAAUAUCUGUAUCUGAGCAGCUCAGGUUCUCUCAUCAGAUCCCUGCUUAUCACCUGACAGAAGAGAGAGGUGGCAGCCUGCGAGGUUUCUGGGAGCUUGAUCCCGCAGGAAUGCCUGUUUAUUUACUUUGUAGAGACUGAUCACAGACGCGACAUGAAGAAACAUUGAGCUUUUCUUUUGUUUAUCCUAGACCAAAAUGUGAGAGUUUUUGUACA